UGCCAACGUCGCGCUUGUGCUUUUGCUCCCGUAGAUUCUACUCCUCGCCGGCCUCGUCGUGAGACAACUGUGGUAACCGCGCGCAAGCCUCCGUUGCAUACUCCCCUUGCUCUUGACAUGGCGACCGUGGCUGACAGCGCCACCUCGCAGGACGGGACGGCUCUUCAAAGCCAAGUCCCUGCACAAGAGGGCGACGAACCAUUCCAUGGGAAACCUUAUUUGAAGGGUCUGGAUGGGCUUCAGCAUUCAUAUCCGGCGCUCAAGUCGUUCUUGGAGAAGAUCGCCAACGAAGACGACAAGGGACGCAUCCUGGUGCGAAAGCACUUCUUGACCACGUACAAGCGCGGUCCGGGCCGAUGCUAUUGCUUACUGUUUGAUCACGAGAAGGUCUCGCUGCCUGAAGGGUUUGAGACGGGAUUCGCGAGUCCUACACGACUUCGGGACUAUCUUGAAGCAAAUCCAGCUAAGAAGAGCCGGGAGGACAAGAAACGCCGGCUCUUCAUCCUGGAGGAUCUGGAACCGGACUAUGUCGAUGCACUUGGCUAUCAUCUGGGCGUCGACCCCAUGGUGUUCAGCGAACAGAUGAACACAUGGAACUACACCGACUCGUGGUCGAUUCCGCAUAGGGAGCUGCCCUCCAUGUCCACACCCGAGAAGUGCUUCACCUUGAGAUACUAUGAGCUUAGAACGCUGCAUGUUCCUCAGUCAAUCGACACGUUGACGCUGCAGAUGACGUUUGCGGUCAACAGACGGAGAUACGAGAGGUGGAGGGAUAUCGACGUGCCCUCCUCUGGAAAGCCGGACCGGAGACACGGAUUUGUGAGGAGAAGCGCCUCGUUCUGGACCUCGCAACAGCCGUCGGAGGGUGGACAGGAAAAUAAAGAUGCUCCAGGCUGGGACGCCGUUAUCCUCGUCGACCCCGGGAUGAGCGUUUCUUGCAGCGACGUUCCGGACGCCGAAUGCUCUGGCGGUUUACGGCCUGCGCAACGCCACGACGCGACGGGCCACGACGCGACGGCCCACGGCGAUUCGCAGGUCGCGAGUGCGAGCUCGACGAGCGUGUCGUCGGCCAAGCCGAUCGAUGCGAGAAACCGCACCGCGGUCGUGGAGGCCGCAUGCAAGAUGGAGACCGCGAAGCCAAGUCUGAUGCGUCCUCCGUCCACUGGAGGCGCAGCGGCGCAGAUCAUCGAUCCCCCGCCGCAGCAAACCCUUAUUCUUCAGGAUCAGAAACUGUACUCCAGCCGAGCAUCUCUUUGGCGAGCGCAGGACUGGCAGCCUCACGGCACACGCGUAGAACUCGUCGGGGUCAAACAUGAAAGCUGGCCGUAUCACGAUGGCUGCUCUACCUUGGCGCCUCUAGGACUUGCGCAGGUUGGCGUCGGCGCACUCGACAAAGACGUGGGUUAUUUGAAAAGGAAGCGCGACCUUGUUUCGCCGCUCGACGAGAUGGUGUUCUACUGGACAAAGGUUGCGCCAGAAUCGCUUAUCAAGAAAGCUCAAGCGCAGUCCUCCAACACGGCUUUCUACCUUCUCAAGCACAUAGCUCAGCACUGGGUAAACCAGCUGGAGCUGAUCAAUACUACGAUGGCUAAGGCGGAAUGGUUCUCGGACGACUACCAAGCCAAGAUCGAGGAUGACCUCAGCCUUCAGAAGUGGAAGGCUGAUCUCAAGGACAUCAACUAUAUUGCCAAGGACAUCAACUACAUGCGAAGACACCUCAAUCACUUCUGGAGGGCGAUGAUUUUGAAUCUGGAACGUGUCGGCGUGCAGCUGGGCAGUGAAGGCAUAGACGAAAACGCGUCGCUUGCUAUACAAGGCGUCCAAAAGGACUUUUUGACGAUUCACACAAGGAUGGAGCCGCUGAGAUCACGAGCGGAGGCGCUCAGUACGGUAGCAAGCGACCUAGCUAAUCUGCGUGCUGCCUACCGAGGUGUGCACGACAGCGAGUUCGGCAUGCGUCUCAGUCUGUUCGCCUCGAUCAUCUUCCCGCUCACGCUUGUGGCCAGCAUCUUUAGCAUGAGCGAUAACUAUCUUCCCGGCGCGCCUGACUUCUGGAAGCUGUGGGCCAUCGGGCCGGCCUUCUGCGUUGCGCUGGCGCUGCUCUUAGUGUACGGAAAGCGACCGUGGAAGCUCUUCACCGACAUAUUCAAAUACUUCUACCUUGCAGCACGUAGCCGUGGGUUCUUUCUGUCCCCGGACGAGAAGGAGAUGUGGCUGAAUGCGCGAGAGGAACAGAAGAAACGGAAGGCAAAGCUGAAGGCACAGAAGGCGAAGGAGAAGGAGGAGAAGAGCAGGUGGAAGGACGAGAAAGCAACAAAGAACGUAGGGAGAGGCAAGAGGGACGAAGAAAAAGAGGUGGAGGGAGUUGGAGCAGGUAAAGGAAAGUGAUUGUUUAC